UAACGAGAUAUCAAACACAUCAUAUACUUUUGAAUCGUCUUGCUUAUCAAGCACAUCAUUUACUCAUUUUGUACAUUAUAUUUUUCCACUUAAACUGUAGUUCAUGUGUUUAACAAUAUCAAUUAAGUUAUAUCAAUUUUUUUAAAAAAUGUUGAUGUCAUUAAUUUUACGGUUUAAAAUUGUAGAAGAAUUUUCUAAAAAUACAUGGAGUAAUUUCUAUUUGUUAUAAUAAUAGAUAAACUACUUUGGCUUCCUGUUUAAGAACAACAUAUUUUUGAUACCCAAUAAACUUUAAAAAUCGAAAGUCUUACACUACCAAACAAACGACGUUUCAAGGAAUUUGUUAAAGCGAUUGACAUCGUCAGUUUGGCAGUGUAUUACUUCGAUAUCGGAAAAUAGGUUGUGUAUUAAACAGAACAAAAAUAGUUUAUGUAUUACAAGAAAUGGAAAUUUAGUUCAGAUAUUUUUAGGGAAUUUUACCUUUCAAAAUCACCAGAUCUCGUUAAACAUUCUCAAUCUUGUGAUCAGUAACGGUUUUCUCAACUUAAAUUUAUUUAUUAGAUAAGAAAAAUAUUCAUAAAUACAUACAAAAUAAUAAAACAACAAAUUAUGUAAAUAAAAUGAUGAGAAAAACGACCAAUGUAAUUCUUGCCAUCUUUAAAUCUUUGUCACAUUAUGAACACUAAUUCUAUGUGUUGUAUUACAUCGUCUUUGUUGCAAUUUAGAUUUUAUAUAUAUUCUUCAGGUUUAGAAUCCAGGGGCAUUUUCUUCAUUUUACGGUUGAUCUUAAUUCGUAAUAUAACUUUUUGGCCAAACACACUUAGCAGUGAAUGACACUUGUAAAAAACUUUAAAUGUGAUGAUGACAAAAACAUAUAUUUUCAUCUUGACCAAUACAAGAUUCCUAACUAGUCUCUUUUGUCUUUUUUCUAUGAUGACAAAAACAUAUAUUUUCAUCUUGACCAACACAAGAUUCCUAACUAGUCUCUUUUGUCUUUUUUUUCCUAUCUUUUCGGAAAUGAACAGAAACCGUAAAUAUAAAUACCUAGCUCGUGCAAGUAUCAUGCAACAAAAGCAUUUUCGAAAGCCAUAAACUAUUUGAGGUGUAAUCUCCUCUUCCUAGCUCUGGUAUAUUCUUUUCAUUUUCGAUUGCCGCCUCUGACGAACUGAAAGAGAUGGCAGAAUCUGAUCCUAAGCAUCUCAAAAUAACCUUGUCGAACCGGGAAUCAGCUGCACGUUCAAAGGCGAAGAAGGCGCUGCACGAGUCCGAGUUGGAAGACAAAGUCGAGACACUUGAGACUCAGAUUGAUAUAUUGACUGCCGAGCUCAAGCUUGAGAAGAGAGGAAGAAUGACGGCGGAUGACGAGUGCGUGCAAUUUAGGAUUCGUCUUCAUGCAGGGGAGGCGCAUGCACGACUUCGUGAAGACUUGAUCCAACAAUUGAAUGGAGAAGUUCGUCGGCUAAUAGAAGAGGCGAGUGUGCAGAGAGAAGAGAUGAGUAGGCUAAGAGAAGAGGUGAGCGAAUACCGGAGGAGGGAAAGUGAGAGAAUGAACGCAAACAUGUUGGAUCAACUCAACAUCAACCAGCAGUUUCAAGAGAAGCCGCAGCAGACAAAUUAUAAUUUCGAAUGAAGAAUUGCAUCAUGAUGAUCAUGGAUCCAAGGAAUUGGCAGCUUUGGUAUCCAGGAUUGAUUGAAGUAGUAUUAAUAUAUAUAUAUAUAUAGUUUAAAAAUAAAAGUUGUUUGAGUUUAUAUAUUAUAUGUGCAAGAGAGUCAUGCUAAGAUAUAAAAAAGAAUCAAUCCGAACUUCGGAAGGAUUUGAAAAGAAAUUCAGACAAAUGUGAUCUCUGUGUAAUGUCUUUUCUCAUCCAGUUGAAUAAAAAAAAGGAGUCUGUUUUAUAAUGGGAAUGUGCACUGUUUUUUUUUUGUCGUCUGCAUUGUAUAACUAUAAAAAAAACUAUAAUUUGACAAAUGACCAUAUAAAACUCAUGGCUACAGUAUUGUGUGUAUAUUAUGUAAGCUUACAAUUCAUAAACCAUUCAUUUUUAUCUCUUUCUUCUUUCUUUGUUUUUCCCCCAUCUAUUUCAUUUGAACUAUACUUUUUGUAUUUUUUUUUGGCAGCAAACGGCUAUUCUAUUACUCAAACUUGAGGUGGUCUGGCUAGACAGAUCGGAAAAGAACAACCAAUACUUUUUGUAUUAAUACAAUCAAAUCAAGAGAUUUUAUAUUUCUACAUAUACUAUAGUUUAAAAAAAUUCAAACCGAUCGACAUAUGUUUUUAAAAAAAAAAUCAAUAAAAUAAAAUUUUAACACAAAAGUUAAGUACUAUUCUAUAUCAAUAUUCUAGAAUAACAUAUAUUUAUAUAUUUUUUUUUUAUAAAAUGAUGAUAAAUUAUGUACUUUUAAAGUGAAACUAUGGUAUAUCAACGUCAUACAUGAUAUAAAUGUUUUUCGAAAAGAUAUAUAUUUUCAAAAAGAUAUAAUAUGUUUUUAACGUUAGAUAUAAAAUGUUUUAAAUGAAUUUUUAUUUCAUUCUAGACUAUAUGAUCACUAAACAUA